AAUGAAAUCACCAACCUCAGGAGACUAGCAUCGCAGCGCUCGCAGAAGUCCAAACGUCGUUCAAGUAUGUACUCUCGCAUUACCUCCAAUGCAGGAGAUGGUGAACCCCUCGGGACCGUUUCCGAGAACGAUCCUGCGCUGAACCCACAGGGGCCCGAAUUUGACAUGGAGAAAUGGUUGAAGUGGGUUCUGAAAGGAGCGCAAGCAGAAGGGAUCACAAAUCCGCGUGCGGGAAUUGUCUUCAGGGACCUAAAUGUGUCGGGGUCUGGUGCUGCAUUGCAGCUACAGGAAACGGUUCUGUCCACGUUGAGCGUGCCGACGCAGGUGGGCGAGAUGUUGAGACAGCGAAGAUCCCCAUCGAAGCUCAUCUUGAAGGACUUCAAUGGCCUGUUGGCAACUGGCGAAUUGCUGCUUGUUCUGGGUCGUCCUGGUGCUGGGUGUAGCACGUUUCUCAAAACUCUGUGUGGGGAGGUGCAUGGGCUUGAUGUGGAUGACAAGAGCGUCCUGAACUAUAAUGGAGUCUCCCAAUCUCGCAUGAUGAAGGAGUUCAAAGGAGAAGUCGUCUACAACCAAGAGGUCGACAAACAUUUCCCCCACUUGACAGUUGGACAAACCCUCGAAUUCGCCGCCGCCGCCAGAAUGCCCGCUCGCAGGAUGCAAGGAGCAAGCCGCGAAGAAGCUGUCAAACAUCUGGCGCAGGUUAUUAUGGCAGUCUUCGGACUGAGUCAUACCUACAACACGAAGGUCGGCAGUGACUUCGUUCGAGGAGUCUCCGGUGGAGAGCGGAAGCGCGUGAGUAUCGCUGAGAUGGCGCUCGCCAGGGCACCGUUGGCUGCGUGGGAUAAUUCCACUCGAGGAUUGGACUCCGCUACCGCUCUGAAGUUUGUCGAGUCGCUUCGGCUAUUCGCAGACCUAGCCGGUUCUGCUCAUGCCGUCGCUAUCUACCAAGCCAGUCAGGCCAUAUAUGAGGUUUUCGAUAAGGUGACAGUUCUGUAUGAAGGGCGGCAGAUCUUCUUCGGCUCUACGGUCACGGCAAAGGCCUUUUUCGAGAAGCAGGGCUGGGAAUGUCCGGCGCGACAAACGACAGGCGACUUUUUAACUUCGGUGACCAAUCCACAGGAGCGACAGCCGCGACAGGGCAUGGAGACAAAGGUUCCGCGUACGCCAGAAGAUUUCGAAAACUACUGGCUUCAGUCCCCGGAAUACCAUCAGCUCCAAGGCGAGAUCACGCAAUACGAGAAGGCCCAUCAGUAUCCCGACGACAAAGCAGCAGCCGCUAAGUUCCAUGAGCGAAAGCUCCAGGUGCAGGCGAAGCAUGCUCGACCAGGCUCUCCAUAUAUAAUCAGCGUCCCGAUGCAAAUCAAGCUGGCUACCAGACGUGCAUACCAGCGUCUGUGGAAUGAUAUCACUUCAACGGCUUCCACGGUCAUUAGCAACAUCAUCAUGGCUCUGAUUGUGGGCUCGGUAUUCUACGGAUCUCCAGACGCGAGUGUCGGGUUCACAUCCAAAGGAGCCACCCUGUUCUUCGCCGUUCUCUUGAAUGCCCUAACCGCCAUGUCCGAAAUCAACACCCUCUACGCUCAGCGUCCCAUUGUUGAGAAACAUGCCUCUUAUGCUUUCUAUCAUCCCGCCGCAGAAGCCAUCGCCGGAGUUGUCAGCGACGUCCCCGUGAAGUUCGUCCUCGCCGUUGCCUUCAACGUCGUCAUGUAUUUCCUCUCGAACUUACGACGCGAGGCAUCCCAGUUCUUCAUUUACUUCCUUCAUGUCUUCAUCAUCAUGUUUGUCAUGAGCGCUAUCUUCCGAACUAUGGCUGCAUUGACCAAGACAAUAGCCCAGGCCAUGGGCUUGGCAGGAGUGAUGAUUUUAGCUUUGAUCAUGUACACCGGAUAUGUGCUUCCAGUACCGUCCAUGCAUCCCUGGUUUGAGUGGAUACACUGGCUGAACCCGAUUUAUUACGCUUUCGAGGUCCUUAUCGCCAACGAAUUCCAUGGUCGCGAUUUCCCCUGUUCCCAGUUUAUACCGCCAACCGCCGAUCUGUCCGGCAAUUCGUUUGCUUGUUCAGCAGCCGGUUCAGAAGCCGGGAAACUCACUAUCAGCGGUGACAGCUAUAUGCUGGCAAAUUAUGACUACAGCUAUGGCAACGUCUGGCGGAACUUUGGAAUCUUGAUUGCAUUUUUGGUCGCAUUCAUGGCCAUAUACUUUGUUGCCUCCGAGCUCAACUCAUCCACUACCAGCACGGCAGAAGCUCUCGUUUUCCGUCGUGGCCACGAGCCUGCCGCUUUCCGCGAAAAGUCUCCAAAGGGUUCUAAAGACGAGGAGACCUCGAUCGAACUAGGAUCCGUAAGAACUCAGACCGAGCAAUCCAACAACGAGGUAGCUCUACCUCCGCAGACAGACAUAUUCACGUGGCGUGACGUGUCUUACGACAUUGAGAUCAAAGGAGAGCCGCGACGUCUACUAGAUCAUGUCUCCGGAUGGGUGAAGCCUGGCACUUUGACAGCACUUAUGGGAGUCAGUGGAGCCGGAAAGACCACACUAUUGGAUGUCCUCGCUCAACGAACCUCGAUGGGGGUUAUCACAGGAGACAUGUUUGUGAACGGACGGUCCCCAGACGCAAGUUUCCAGCGUAAGACCGGGUAUGUUCAACAGCAGGAUUUGCAUCUGGAAACUUCCACAGUGCGCGAGUCUCUCCGGUUUAGUGCCCUACUCCGACAACCAGCAUCAGUGUCGACGGAAGAAAAAUACAAAUACGUCGAGGACGUGAUCAGUAUGUUGAAGAUGGAGGAUUUCGCUGAGGCAGUCGUCGGUGUUCCCGGCCAAGGAUUGAAUGUUGAGCAGCGGAAGCUGUUGACGAUCGGUGUGGAGCUGGCCGCGAAGCCCAAACUGCUUCUUUUCUUGGAUGAACCAACAAGUGGACUUGAUUCUCAGAGUUCAUGGGCGAUCUGCUCCUUCCUUCGCAAGCUUGCACACAGCGGACAGGCCGUUCUGUGCACUAUUCACCAGCCGAGCGCCAUCCUUUUCCAGCAGUUUGAUCAGUUACUGUUCCUGGCACGAGGAGGAAAGACUGUGUACUUCGGACCGAUCGGACAGAACUCUCGCACACUCCUUGAUUACUUCGAAGGAAAUGGCGGACGGGACUGUGGAGAUGACGAGAAUCCGGCGGAGUACAUGAUUGAAGUAGUCAACCAAGGCGUCAAUCGACAGGGCGAAAACUGGUUUGAUGUUUGGAACCAGAGCACGGAGAGCCAGGGCAUCCAAGCAGAAAUUGACAGGAUUCAUGCGGAGCAGGGUGCCAAAACACAGGAAACCAUGGACGAUCCUCUUGCCCAGUCCGAGUUCGCAGCGCCGCUGUGGUUCCAGCUAUAUGUUGUAACUCGUCGGACUUUCGAACAGUACUGGCGCAUGCCUGGGUACAUUCUUGCCAAAUGGGGGCUGGCUAUCAUGGCCGGCCUUUUCAUUGGGUUCUCGUUCUAUUCCGCCAAGCAGUCGUUGCAAGGCAUGCAGGUUUUGAUCUUCUCCUUGUUCAUGGUGUGCUCUAUCUUCGCUUCACUUGCGCAACAGGUAAUGCCUAUAUUUGUGACCCAGCGCUCACUGUAUGAAGUCCGUGAACGCCCGAGCAAGGCAUACUCCUGGAAAGCAUUCUUGAUCGCCAACAUUACCGUCGAAAUCCCAUACCAAAUCAUAAUGGGCAUCCUCACAUUCGCAUGCUACUAUUACCCUGUUGUAGGAAACGGCCAGACGUCCGACCGACAGGUGAUAGUCCUGUUGUACUGCAUCCAAUUUUACGUCUACGCCAGUACGUUCGCACACAUGGUCAUUGCCGCCAUCGAGGAUACCGUCACGGCUAGUGCGAUUGUCGUGCUCCUUUUCUCCAUGUCUUUGACUUUCUGCGGAGUCAUGCAACCACCUUCGGCACUUUCCGGGUUCUGGAUCUUUAUGUACCGCGCCUCUCCGUUCACUUACUGGAUUGGAGGAAUGGCCGGGACUCAACUCCAUGGGAGACCCGUUAUUUGUUCUGAAGCUGAGCUGGCAACAUUCGAUCCGCCUUCAGGCCAAACCUGUCAGGAGUAUCUGGGCGGGAUGUUGGGAGUCGCGGGAGGGCAGUUGAUGAAUCCCGAAGCGACGAGCAGUUGCAAUUAUUGCUCUCUGAGCGUGGCCGACGAGUACAUGGCCUCUGUGGGUAUUCACUGGGAGCAUAGAUGGCGCAACUUUGGAAUCCUUUGGGCUUACAUUGCCUUCAAUAUUUUCAUGGCGACGGUGCUGUACUAUUUGUUCAGAAUCCGUCGUUGGAGCCCUGGCAAGCUGAUGGAGAUUUUUUCGAAGAAAUGAGUGGAGUGCAGAUCUCUGCUUUUAUUCUGAUCUUGGUUUACUUUCUUUUCUUUUUUUUUUCUUUCUCCUCAACCGACUCAUUUCCUUUCUCUUCACCCUCUCCUCGUUCUCUGUCUUUCCCGCCUUGAUCACUUGUCAACUGCACUUUCCCUUUCAGUCCUUUUCCUGUCUAAACAAAUUUAAUAUUGUC